CAAUGGCGCUCCGCUCCCGAAUUUCUUCCUUACACGUCCUCGCCCUCUCCUUCACUGCACGCUUCUGCUCCCCAACUCCUCCGCAAGCCAGCUCUCGCUGUCUCCACCGCGUUAAAUUUCACCUUCUCGUGCGCGAAUCUGCGAGGCACGCGCAUUUGCGACCUGUCGUUUGGCUUCUGCGGAAACCGACGAGCGCAGGUGGAAACGGAGAGGUAUUUUGGUUUGGCAGCUAGCAGAUCGAGCAGCUCCGUCGAUGAGCUGAGCCGAAACCGCGUGGAGAGAUUUUUCAGUUCCACUUUUAGUCGUCUUCAAAAUCUGCUUCCGUUUUCCCGAGUUUGCUGUUCUUCGUGUUUUUUACUGCGGCUGAUCCUGAGUGAGCGUAGGAUGACGGCUGUUGUGAUUCAAUUGCUAUAGACUGGAGAGCUGAGUGAUGAGUAUUGAGAUAAUCUAGACGAAGGAGAUGAAAGACGAAUCGUCGGGGCUGAUCAUCGGGCUUUCCGUUGGAGUUGUGAUCGGGGUGCUCUUAGCUAUCGUGGCACUUCUUUGCUUUAGGUACCAGAGGAAGCGGUCUCAGAUAGGAAACAGCAGUUCGAGGAGGGCGGCCGCUAUCCCCAUCCGUGCAAAUGGUGCUGAUUCGUGUACUAUACUAUCGGACUCCACAAUUGGGCCAGAAUCACCUGUAAAAUCUGGCCGGAAUGGCAUGUCGAUGUGGUUGGAUGGAUUUAGGAGGAGCAACGUGGUCUCUGUCUCUGGAAUACCGGAGUACUCCUACAGGGAUCUGCAGAAAGCAACCUGCAAUUUUACAACAGUUAUAGGACAAGGAGCAUUUGGUCCUGUAUAUAAAGCUCAGAUGUCAACGGGGGAGAUAGUUGCUGUUAAAGUGCUUGCAACUGAUUCUAAGCAAGGGGAGAAAGAAUUUCAGACAGAGGUUAUGCUAUUAGGAAGGUUACAUCAUAGGAACCUCGUGAAUUUGGUUGGAUAUUGUGCUGAAAAGGGCCAGCACAUGCUAAUAUAUGUCUACAUGAGCAAAGGAAGCUUAGCUUCUCAUUUAUAUAGCGAAAACAAGGAACCAUUGAACUGGGAUUUACGGGUGUAUAUUGCUUUAGAUGUGGCAAGGGGCUUGGAGUAUCUUCAUGAUGGAGCAGUUCCUCCUGUAAUACACCGAGAUAUAAAAUCAUCCAACAUUCUAUUGGACAAUUCCAUGAGAGCAAGGGUUGCUGAUUUUGGGCUCUCAAGAGAGGAGAUGGUUGACAAACAUGCAGCUAACGUAAGGGGUACCUUUGGAUACCUGGAUCCUGAAUACGUAUCUACAAGGGCUUUUACCAAGAAAAGUGAUGUUUACAGUUUCGGGGUUCUACUCUUCGAACUUAUAGCUGGCAGAACUCCUCAGCAGGGUCUCUUGGAAUAUGUCGAACUGGCCGCCAUGAACAGUGAGGGCAAAGUCGGGUGGGAGGAGAUCGUGGACUCUCGACUCGAAGGGGUAUUCGAUGUGCAAGAGCUCAAUGAGGUGGCAGCUCUUGCAUACAAAUGCAUCAAUCGCUUGCCUCGAAGACGGCCUUCUAUGAGAGACAUUGUCCAAGUCCUGACCCGGAUCUUGAAAUUGAGACACAGCAGGAAGAAGAACCAGGGCCACCACGAGAAAUCGCUAUCUGCAGCAACAGCAGAGGAGGUCUCGAUCGAUGUGGACCAAUUAGAUGGCAAGGGGACCCCGAUCUCUAACCCCCACAGGAGAGAGGAGUCCAUGGACAGCACAGCAGACACAUUUGACGUUUGAACUUCCAAGUGAUAGUAUCGCUUUCGCCAUUUGUUCAUUUAUUUUCCUUUUGGUUUCAAGCCCUUUUGGCUCUUUCUUCUUUUUGUGUUUUCGGUUUUGUGUUCUGUGAGGUGUAUACAAGUUGAUGAAAAUGAAGAAGAUAGGAAAGGCAGGCGGGUCUGCCGAAACUGCUGAAAUAUUUUGGCUUUAUAGGAUCGGUUGUUGCGGGCAACCGGGGAAUGUGACAUAGUUUGUCCAGCUUUGUUCUUUCCUCUUCAUCCCUUAACAAACAUCAGAUACUGUACAUUAUCCAGUCAGAACUGUGCAAUCCAAUUACUUGUCAAAUGUACUGCAAAUUCUUGUU